AUGACCGGACGUAGUGAGGGCAUCAACUCAUUUUUUGAUGGUUUUGUAACUCACACUUCAAAUUUCAAAGAAUUUGUGGUGAAAUAUGAGAAUGCCUUGAGUAGGAUUGCGAAAAGGAAAAAUGAUGAAGAUUUUGAGUCCGAACAUAAGUUUCGGAUCGUUAAUGACCAUAAAUUUUUGUUGAAGCAUGCGGGGAAAAUGUAUACUAGAAACAUUUUUAACAAGUUCAAGAAUGAAUGGAGUAAAGUCUUUCACUACAAAGUUGAAAAUGUGAGAAAUGGCGAUGGUUUUCAAUCUUUUGUAGUGAAGUCAAAAGAUGAUGAACUUGAAAAGUUCGAGGUGACAUUGAAUUCACAUACCUAUGAGUGUAAGUGUGAAUGCCAACAAUUUGAGUUUGUUGGGAUAUUGUGUGCGCACAUUUUGAAAGUGUUUGUCCGACUAGACAUUGAUGAAAUACUAGAACAUUUUAUUCUUCCACGAUUGAGGCAAAAGGCAAACAAAUUUAGGAUAUUUGAUUCCUAA